GACAUUCAGACACAUAUGACCAAUAACAAGGGGAGUGCUGCAUGGAUGGCACCUGAAGUUUUUGAAGGUAGUAAUUACAGUGAAAAAUGUGACGUCUUCAGCUGGGGUAUUAUCCUUUGGGAAGUAAUAACUCGUCGGAAACCUUUUGAUGAAAUUGGUGGUCCCGCUUUCUGUAUAAUGUGGGCAGUUCACAACGGUACUAGACCACCACUGAUCAAAAAUUUGCCUAAGCCCAUUGAAAGCCUGAUGACUCGUUGUUGGUCUAACGAUCCAUCUCAACGUCCUUCUAUGGAGGAGAUUGUGAAAAUAAUGACUCACUUGAUGCGGUACUUUCCAGGAGCAGAUGAGCCUUUACAAUAUCCUUGUCAGUAUUCAGAUGAAGGACAGAGCAACUCGGCCACCAGUACAGGCUCAUUCAUGGAUAUCACGUCUACAAAUACAAGUAAUAAAAGUGAUACUAAUAUGGAGCAAGUUCCUGCCACAAAUGAUACUAUUAAACAUUUAGAAUCAAAAUUAUUGAAAAAUCAGGCAAAACAACAGAGUGAAUCUGGACGUUUAAGCUUGGGAGCUUCCCGUGGAAGCAGUGUGGAGAGCUUGCCCCCAACCUCUGAAGGCAAGCGGAUGAGUGCUGACAUGGCUGAAAUAGAAGCAAGGAUAGCUGCAUCCACAGCCUUUUCCAAGCCUAAACGGGGCCACCGUAAAACCGCUUCAUUUGGCAACAUUCUGGAUGUCCCUGAGAUCGUCAUAUCAGGCAAUGGACAGCCAAGACGUAGAUCCAUCCAAGACUUGACUGUUACUGGAACAGAACCUGGUCAGAUACUAAUGGGUCCGAUAACUCCAUACCAAUGGCUUAUCUUACACUGGAUCACCAACUACAGCCUCUUGCACCAUGCCCAAACUCCAAAGAGUCUAUGGCAGUGUUUGAAUAGCAUUGUAAAAUGGCCGAGGAAUAUAUGA